AUCUAUACAUAUCCAGUGUUCUGUGGUUACAAAAAUAAUAGGUUAUAUUAAUUAAUUAUUUUCAAUAAAAGAAAACAUUUUUGGAAUACUUUAUAUUUCCUUAUGGCUUCUAGUAGAUUAGAAAAAAUUGGUACAAUAUACACUAGGUCAAAGGGACUCAUUAAAAAUGGGGCAAAGAGAUGGGAAGAUCGUCCACUGUGGUUCGAUAUUUAUGAAUCUUUUCCUCCUAAAGAGGAACCUACAUUUUCGAGGCCAGCUCCGAAUCUUCAAUUGAGACAAAUAUUUUAUCAAGAAGAUCGAAUAAGAGCAUUAUUCCAUAAAAAAAAUAAAUAUGUAGGAAUAAUGAAUUUGACAAAUACCAAUACAAAAACCUUAACCCAAAGAUUCAUUGAAAGCUAUACUGAAAUAGAAGAAAAAUACCAAGAAUCAGAAAAGGACCAAGAAGCUAUAUAUAAUGAAGCAAUUGAAAUACUAAGAAGAGAUAAAGAUAAAGACAUGGAGAAUAUUGGGUUGAGUCUAACGGAUAAGGAAAAUAUGAAAAAAUCUCCUAUCAAAGUUGAUGUUACUAACUUGUUCAAAUAAAAAAUUGUGAUUCAAUAGUGAAUUAUUAGGGAAAUAGAUUUUCAGUUUUUUCAGUCAUUACAUGAGAUAGCAUUUAUUCACAAUGGAAA